AUGGAGGAUGGAAGUCUGCAAUGUCAAACAUGUCGUGCAAAGUGGCAAGAGGGUACCUUAAGAUACAACCUGGUUGUUAGGGUAGGUGACAAGACAACUGAUGCUCCAUUCCUCUUAUGGGACAAGGAGGGCUGUGAAAUAGCUGGGAAGACUGCCUACGAUCUCCGGACCAAAUACUCAAUGGAUGGCUCUCCACUACCAACUGGUAUGGAAGAGGUUCGUAACAAAGCAAUGGUUUUUAAGGUUUCUGCUAAAGCCGAUCAUUUCAAGAACCGAGCCAUGCCUAUACCAGUUGUCGGGAUAACCUAUGAUGCCGAAUUAGUUCACCAUUACUGUCCAUCUUUGGUUGAUGAUCAGGACCACCUAUCCAUCAUGCUUGAUGAAGAUGACCAAGAUGGACAGUCUGAAGAAUCUGAAUCUGGAGAUGAGGCCAGUAGCCCAAAUGUGACUCAAACUAAGAAGCAAAGGACUGCUGAAAAUAAUCAAGCACUGGAAGUAGCAGAAACUAAAAGAAACCUGAUUGAUCAAUUCUCCUCAACUAAAGAUGUUAAGAAAUCAAAGCCUGUUGUCGUCAAACUGGAGAAGAAUUGAAAGUGAAAGACCUUAAUUGCUAACUCUCUGUUUUAAGGGUUUAAUGAUGGACAAUUUUCACUGCAUAGUGGUUUAGUUGUAUGGAUUUGAUGUAUUUUCUAAACCUAUUUUGAUAAUAUGUACUGUGAAGUACAUAUUAUAUGUUUUGGAUCAUUUUAGAACCUAAUCAUUUGCUUUAAAUUUUAUGUUUUAAAAAUAGUUUAGCUGCUCUUUGUUAUUGUUAUUUGUGUAUUGCCUAACAUUUUGCAGGUAAGAAAACACAGAUGUCAAGCAGAUUUCAUGCAAAAGUACAAGAUCAAGCAGUCCACAAAUCAUCUUUCAGUUGUCUAUCCAUCAGAUUAGCAUGAGAUUUAGAUAUAGUAAUUAAAUAUGCUAGAUCCAUACAGUAAUGUACUUUGUUGACAAUUGUAUUACCUCAACUAUCACUUUGUACAUCACAGACUGUUAGUAGAAAUAACAUAUUAUAUCUUAUAAUUAUUCAAAGGCUUUCGGUUGUGAAUAAUGCUACAAAUUAUAAACAGUUUGCCACUACAUUUGGUCAUUUUGAUCUUUAUAUUUUUUGAAACUUAGACACUAAUCAAAUGUACUCACAAAUAAAACAAUUGCAUAUAUGUAUUUUAAUACAUAUUAAUUAUUAAACUAUAAAAUACUUUGCUACAAGAAGAAGUAAAUCAUUUUUUUGUGUUUGGAGCUGGCAACUAAAUGAAGUCCUUUACAUUUGUAGUCAAAUCAAGAUUGUAACUGUAUAUAACAAGUUUACAAAGAAACAAAAACAACAAUU